UCCUUUAAUUUAAUUUAUUUUUAAAUGGCUAAAAUACCUUCCGUUCAUAGUGGAAAUUAUUUCGAUACUGCGUGCGAACAUUUCCGAAAUGUCAGAAUUCCGUGGAAUCUAGAGCACAAUCUAGAAGCGUGCAACUACAAGUGAUAAACGGAAGUGCCUUAUAAUUUUAUUUUAUAGUUUUUGUUACUUCAAUGCUCGCUCGGUUUGUGAAUUCUUUGCCAUUUGGGCUAUCACAACAGAUAACGAAGCUUUACUUUCGAGCUUUGGCCUUUAACCAGCGCGGAACCCACAGCUAUCAGGAACACCACCAGUACAAAAAAAUGGAAGUUAAAAUAUUGCCAGCUCUUCAAGACAAUUACAUGUACCUAAUAAUAGACAAGGCGACUAAAGAGACAGCAGUAGUGGACCCAGUGGAGCCCACAUCUGUGUUGCAGGCAGUACAGGACCAGGGUCUCAAAUUAACUACUGUUUUGACUACGCAUCACCAUUGGGACCAUGCAGGUGGAAAUGAGGAUUUAGUCAAACUGUACCCAGGCCUCACUGUUUAUGGUGGGGACAACCGUAUUGGAGCCCUCACCAAGUUGGUCAAGCACAAUGAUGGGUUCAACCUUGGAAAUUUAAAUGUUAAGUGUUUAUUCACACCAUGUCAUACUUCAGGCCACAUUUGCUAUUUUGUCACGGCUCCAGAAGAGGGUGAAGAUGCUGCUGUCUUUACUGGGGACACGUUAUUCCUCGGUGGAUGUGGACGGUUCUUUGAAGGCACCGCUGAACAAAUGUACAAAGCACUGAUUAAUAUACUCAGCAGCCUUCCUGACCACACCAAAGUCUUCUGUGGUCAUGAGUACACAUUACAGAACUUGAAGUUCGCAGCGCAUGUCGAGCCGGACAAUGAAGAGGUUGCUAAGAAAAUUGACUGGUCAUUGGCGCGACGGAAUGAAGGAAGACCUACAGUGCCAUCAACAAUUGGGGAAGAAAAACUGUACAAUCCUUUCAUGCGGGUCACUGAAACCUCUGUUAUGCAGCAUGCACAAAGGGCGGAUGCAAUUGAAACUAUGAAAGCCAUUCGAUUGGAGAAAGACAAUUUUAAGGGUUAAAUGCAUUUCGAGUUUCGAAAUUUUCGCAUUUAUUUUCAUUCCGGCACAAAAUAUUUGGUUGUUAUCUUGUUAUUAUAUAUUACC